GGUCCAGCCCUGGAGUACGCAGUGACGGUUAGGGCUGCAGGGAGAAGGCACGGCUUUGCUCUGGCUGUUGUCCUGCAGGUCAACUGGUUUCCAGCAGAGGGCGGUAAAGAGCCAAAGGUCCUCCUCACUUUCAGCUGUGGCCCUUUCAGUGGUGACCAGAAAGCGAGGCUUCCUGAACUCCUGUAUGGGUUUAGCAGUCAUGCGCCAUCAGUCACUGACAUAUCUAUCUAGCCAAUAAAAAGACUGCCCUCAGUGAAAGAGCGCUAUAAUUCACUCGAAAUACUGACUCGGUUUACUGUAGAACUCAGGGGCUGCAGGUUCAAAGCUGUACCCUUGAUCAAGGAGCCCUGAUCUGCUUCAGUAAAAUAAGACACUACAAAUGUGUAUUGUGCAAACACGGAAACUGUCUGCUAAGCAAAUAAAUAAGGCACUGGCAGCCCCGCCCAUUUGUGGGAAUGUGGUGUUUCGCUCGGCCAUAAUUGCGUGCCCGUAAUCCGCUCCCAAGGGACCGCAUCUCAGCCUUCAGCCGCCAGAUUUAACUACGAUCGCGAGAAACGGAAAUGGAGGACGCCGUGCACCCCAAACAGGCAUAGUACAGAGAGAACAGGGACCAAAACGGGCUGUUUCACUCGCGGUCACAAAUGAAUUACUCUAUAUUUUCAUCAGAGAAACAUAAACUUCUGAGUAGUUUCACGCAGAAGAAACGCAUUUCUCUGAAGUGAAUGUACUGGCAUUCAUUGUAGUGAACAGGACUGGAUUAUAUUUUCCUGGAAUGGAUCGAUCUGAAUCAACUUUAAAAUGUGUGUGAAGGUGGAGGGUGAGCGUUGCAGUGGGUGUGGUGAUGGUGCUGGACCCCGGUGGAGGCUGCGUGGAUCGGGUGGAGGGGGAGGGCCUGGUCAGGGACGGGAUGGACGCCCCGGAGCCGGACCCCAAGCCCGAAAAGACCAGGACCAGGAGCCGAACCGGCAGCAUCCAUAAGAGAGAGACCCCGUCCCACAACGGGCCGCGCCCCAGCCCCAGGGCUGACCCGGAGCGCGGGGGGUCCGCGGGGGUGGGGCCUUCGAGGGCGGGGCCGAUGGGGGCGGGGACCCGGCCCGAACUGCGCCGCCCCCUCAGCCUGGAGCUGAAGCCGGCCCGGUGGCGCGGGGCGGAGCCAGAGGAGAGGCGGGUCCAGCAGCCGCCCUGGAGGAGCGGCCGGGCCCCCUGCCCCCCCGCCCGCAGCCUGACCAGCCCCGGCUUCAUGCGCCGCAGCGAGAGCAUCUGCGCCAUGAGCGGGGGGGCGGGGGGCGGGGCCGGCCGGGGCCGCAUGCGCCCCGCCACCUCCCUGCCCCACAUCGCCCGGGUGGGCGGGCCCUCGGCCCUGGCCUCGCCCUCGGCCGGCACGCCCCGGGGGUCCUGCCUGCUGGUGGCCCUGCGCCCCGUCAACAUGGAGGAGGAGCGCCGCGCCUUCUUCCAGUCCGACUUCCAGUACGAGCCGCAGUUCCUGUACACCUCCCCCGAGCCCAGCGCCGUGCUCGACAAGUACAGAGAGGGCUCCGACCUCUUCCUCACACAGGCUGUGGGGAUCAUGGAGUGCGUGCUGAGGAAGUUUGGCUCGUAUGAGAGCUUUGAGGAGGCGACGGGGGGGCCGCUGCUCCCUAAGAGUCGGGUGUGGGCGGCGGCGCGCAAGUACCUGCAGAAGGAGGGCUGUGUGGGAGAGGUGGUGGUGUGCCUGUCGGAGGAGCUCCUGUCUCAGGCGGUGAUGACGGUGGAGAGCUGCCGGCCGACUCUCACCAUAAACCUGUCGGGGGCGCGGCAGCACUGGCUGGAGGGCAUGCUUCGGCACGAGAUCGGCACGCACUACCUGCGCGGGGUGAACAACGGCCUGCAGCCCUGGGGCAGCGCGGCGGGGCGGAAGCGCUUGGGCCUGAGGCCGGCCAACCCCACGGAGGAGGGCCUGGCCAGCCUGCACAGCGUGCUGCUGCGGAAGCAGCCGUUCCUGUGGCGCGCGGCGCUGCUGUACUACACGGUGCACCACGCGGCGCGCAUGAGCUUCAGCCAGCUCUUCAGCCACCUCGCCCGCUUCGUCCGCGACCCCGCCGUGCGCUGGGAGUACUGCAUCCGCGCCAAGCGCGGCCAGACCGACACCUCAUCGUCAGGCUGCUUCAGUAAGGAUCAGGUCUAUUUGGACGGAAUCCUAAGGAUUCUUCGACAUCGGAGAGACAUCGACUUCAAGAUGCUUGCCUCUCUGGGCAAGGUGUCUUACGAGGACGUGGAGCGUCUCCGGCACCUGGCAGUCCUCCAUAAGACCAGAAUCCCUCACUUCAUGCAGGACCAGGAGCGAUACCUGCAGCACCUCGAUCACAUCGUCGCGGUCAACGAGCUGGACGACUCGCAACUCUGCGAGCUCAUCCCCUGAGCGCCCAGACACACCUGGACUUUAUUAACACACCUGGACUUUAUUAACACACCUGGACUUUAUAACCGCACCUGGACUUUAUAACCACACCUGGACUUUAUAACCACACCUGGACUUUAUAACCGCACCUGGACUUUAUAACCACACCUGGACUUUAUAACCACACCUGGACUUUAUAACCACAUCUGGACUUUAUUAACACACCUGGAUGUUAUUAACACUCCUGGACUUUAUUAAUGCACCUGGACUUUAUAAUCACACCUGGACAUUAUGCACAUACCUGGCCAAUGAGUAUACACCUUGAUAUUCUGUCCACACCUGGACACAAUAUCUAGAACUGGUCUUUUUUACGUGUCUGAAAUGCCGACAGCCUGAAAUCAUAUCUGUGCCCGAAUACCAUACUUAUACCUCUGAUGUCAUAUCUAUGUGCUGACAUCAUAACUUCACCAUGAAUGCCACUUUUCUUCCUCCCCUGAUGUAAUGGAUCCGUUCCAUCCGUCACGGACUAAUGUGUACAUUCUGACAAUCUCACAACCUCUAUUUACACUGUGCACGCACACACGUACACACACGAGCAGCACCUAAAACACGUACACAACCCCUAUUGCGUCCACUGUAAUCACGGUUCUUAUUGAAUUGCAAUUAGCUAUUUAUUUUAGCUUCUUAAAUAUUUCUUGGCAAUCUAUAGCUGUGUAUUUAUGCAAGUGUAUAUUUAUUUUUUAUUUAUGUAGCCAUUUAUUUUCUUUAGAGGAAAAAUACCAAGAGAAACCUUUCCUCUGGAUGUAAGGAAUGUUCCAGAUAUUAGCUUUAUUUUCCCCUCCGUGGAGUGGAUUUUUAAAGGCCUUAGAUAAUACCGAAGUGAAAAUAUCUGUUACAGCACCUUGCGGUCAACCAUCCGGGCCAGUUACUACGGAAACUCCUGGUCUCGUUUUUUUAUUGCUACUGCUUUGUGACUGUUCAUGUUUUUUUAUAUGUGAUGCUUGAGCAACCACGCGCGGGUGGCUCUGCAGCAGAGGACCCGGCCGUGUGGUCGUGCUGUUGCUUCAGUGCGUUUGUGUUGUCGCGCUAAGCGAAGGAACUUCAUGCCUUAACAAGCCUUCAGUGAAGACAGCAGAAUGAGACCGGUUAUGUAAUGGAGAAAAACUGGAACUGAAUGCAGAGUACCAGUGAAGGAGAGGUAAAGAAGAAGUGAAAGGUGGCGGAAGCGUGCAAGGAAAGGACGGAGAGAGAGAGAGAGAGAGAGAGAGAUGGGUCAUAGAGUGAAAGAGGCUUGAUGUAAUCUUGGUGUGAAGAGCUCGACUCAGAGACUGACAGGAAGUCAAAGACAGGAAGUCCCACCCGACUCAGUGGAGCUGCAGCAGAUAUGAUUGGAUGAUAGAAAGGGAAAUUUGUAAGCAAGCUCAGGCCAUUGGCUCAGACGAUUUCUGAAAUGUAGCAAGCCUUUUAGCUAGCAUCUUGAAGAAAUAAACAAAUGAAACCAACAAGGAGAGUAGAGAAAUGUCACUAGUUUACCCCACAGGCGAAACAUAGACACUAAUUAAAUAUCCUCACAGGAGUGUGAUGACCUGAGAGGCAGGCCGAUCUUAGCAGAAUAAUAUUACCCAGCAGGCUCAGGCUCCUAGCCUUGUGUGUGCCACAGACCCACCACACUUUCUCCCUCUUUCUUUCUCCCUUUCUCUUUCUCCUCCUGCGUCUUCCUCAGACGGUGUAAAAGAUAACGGUGAGGUGUUUAUGUGUGAGGCGGUUCUGUGGUAGGGCUAGUAGGGGGCUGGGGGGAGUGGAGGGUGGGGGGGGGAGUUGUGCCUUUUCAACCGAUGGCUCCUGAUGUAGUCAGUAGUAGCUCUUUGUAAUUCACCUCAUUAGCGUACAGUAGAGGCACGCUCGACGGGCGUGUGUGUCGGUCACCGUAAUGUUAUUUUUUAUCUGCAUGAAUGUUGCACAAUUUGUGUUGUUUUUCGAUGACUGGAGCCGUUUCCAGUGUGCUGAUAAAACCACUCUCUGAACCCAA